CUAGGCGGCAAGGCGGCCCGAGAGCGGCGGCGGGGCGGCGCGGGCGGGUUUCGGGACAGAGCCGGGCCGGGCCGGGGCCGGGGCCAGGGCCAGGGCCAGGGGCCGGGCCGGGGGAGGCGGGCAGCCGGCCGGUCGGAGCCCCCGCCCGGAGCGCUCCUGUCAGGCGGGAGCGCGCGCAGGCGGCGGCGGGAGCGUGCGCAGUUUGAAAUCUGCGAGCUUCACAAAACAACAGGACCCCUUCAGCCCAGGAAUUACUCGAUGCUGAAGCUUUUCAGAGGGAUAUUAAAGACAUUAGAAGCACAAUGGAUGGUUUUUAUGAUCAGCAAGUCCCUUUUAUGGUCCCAGGGAAACCUCACCCUGAGGACUAUCGAGCAAGGCCUGUGAUUGACAGAAAGAGAAAGUUCUUGGACACAGAUCUGGCUCACGACUCAGAAGAGUUGUUUCAGGAUCUCAGCCAACUCCAGGAGGCCUGGUUAGCUGAAGCACAAGUUCCGGACGAUGAACAGUUUGUCCCAGAUUUUCAGUCUGAUAACCUGGUGUUUCAUGCCCCGCCUCCGGCCAAGAUCAAGCGGGAGCUGCAUAGCCCUUCUGCUGAGCUGUCCUCCUGUAGCCACGAGCAAGGCGUUGGUGCUAACUAUGGAGAGAAGUGCCUCUACAACUAUUGUGCCUACGAUAGGAAGCCCCCCUCUGGGUUCAAGCCAUUAACCCCUCCCACCACCCCCUUGUCACCAGCUCAUCAGAAUUCCUUACUGCCCCCUCCCCCUUCAGUGCAGGCUUCCGCCCACGUUCCCACGGCAGGCCCUGUGCAAGGUGUGGGCCCGGCCCCUGCCCCAGCCCCCGGCCCCACCCCUACUCCUGUCCCUGCACCCCACUCCCUUCAUGAACCCAGACAACAGCAGCAGCAGACCUUUGCCAUCCCUCGGCCACCACAGCAACCCAUGCCGAUGCCAAAGAUGAUGCCUGAAAACCAGUACCCAUCUGAACCGAGGUUUCAGAGACAGAUGUCUGAGCCCUGCCACCCUUUCCCUCCUGGCGACAAUCGUCCAGGCUACCACCGACAGAUGUCAGAGCCCAUUGUCCCUGCAGCUCCCCCACCACCUCAGGGAUUCAAACAAGAGUAUCCUGACCCUCUCUAUGAGCAUGGUGUUCCAGGCAUCCCUGGAGUGCCAACACAUGGGUACCAGUCGCCAAUGGGCAUCAAGCAAGAGCCCAGGGAUUACUGCAUUGAUUCAGAAGUGCCUAACUGCCAGUCAUCCUACAUGAGAGGAGGCUAUUUCUCCAGCAGCCAUGAUGGUUUUUCAUGUGACAAAGAUCCUCGAUUGUACUUCGAUGACACAUGUGUUGUACCGGAGAGGCUGGAAGCAGGCAAAGUCAAACAGGAGCCCACCAUGUAUCGGGAAGGUCCCCCCUACCAGAGACGCGGCUCCCUCCAGCUGUGGCAGUUCCUGGUUACUCUCCUCGAUGACCCGGCCAAUGCCCACUUCAUUGCCUGGACAGGCAGAGGCAUGGAGUUCAAGCUGAUAGAACCAGAAGAGGUGGCCCGGCGAUGGGGCAUCCAAAAGAACCGACCAGCAAUGAACUAUGACAAGCUUAGCCGCUCUCUGCGCUAUUACUAUGAAAAGGGCAUCAUGCAGAAGGUUGCUGGCGAGCGAUACGUCUACAAAUUUGUCUGCGAUCCAGACGCGCUCUUUUCCAUGGCCUUUCCAGACAAUCAGCGUCCCUUCUUGAAGGCCGAGUCCGACUGCCCGCUGAAUGAGGAGGAGACCUUACCCCUGACCCACUUUGAGGACAACCCCGCUUACCUCCUUGACCUGGAUCGCUGCCCCAGCCUCCCCUAUGCAGAAGGCUUUGCUUACUGAGUGAGUGGCCGAGUUGGCAGCUCCAGCGCCAGAUUUAGCAGUUCCCAUUCAGGCAAAUGAAGGCAGUGAUUUUCUUUGAUUGUUAUUGUCAUUAUUAUUAUUAUUAUUAUUGGUUGUUUUUGGGUUUUUCUCCCCCGCCAUUCCCAAAGCUUGCCCCUGAUUGUUCUGCUGGGCCUUGGCCUGGAUUGGCACCCUCAAAGGAAGGAUCCUGACCAGGGAAAUAGGAGCAGGAAGGGAGCCACCAAGUGUGGCAGGAACCUCAGCUGUCACCCUAAAGAGGAUGCCAAUGGAGUUUGAGCUCUUGCCAACCACCUCACACCAGACAGUGUGCUUCCUCAUGGACAUGAGUUGACCUUGUCCGGAGAGCGUUAUCAUGACAAUCCUUUGCAUCGAUCGAGGCUCCUUCGAGGCUCCUACGUACCUUCCCCUUCCAUUCAAGUAGCUCUAAUUUGCACAAACAGUGAAUUGAAAGAAAUUCUACACUGGGCUCAGUAGGGGAAGGAGGCUCCAGUCACAAAGAAGUGGAACUCCAUAGCCCCGGAUCGCAAAGCUACAAGACUUCAACCUGAAAUGAAGACUCAGCCUUGGCUAAGAAGGAGGAGGCAAAAUCAGGACAGUGUUUCCCUCUUGUGGCUCUCAGGUCAUAAGCCCCAGACUCUGCCCCGGAGCUUCUUGCCUCUCCUGUCACCAGUGGAACGAGCUGCCUUCAUCCUCUUCCUGAUGGCCAGGCUUUGCUGGGGAUGGCUUUCCUUUUAGAAGAAGGGUGAUUCAUACUCUUGACAGUAUUUGGUUUUGCUUUUGAUUUGGAAUUUGGGAGUGGGGGAGGGGCGGUUGUUUUGGCAAAGCAGUUUCUAAAAACUGGUUUUUUGUAGUUUUGGUAUCUAAAGCAAAAAUCCUCUGUCUCAGAAGCUCGGCGCCGCUCUCCUCAAACAGGGCCGUGCUGACCUUCCCAAGAUGCUGCAGCUUGAGAAGGGCUUUGCUCAGGACUCUUCCAGAGCCAGGCCUGAGGCCUGUCCAGCCCAUCUGCCAUCUGCUUUCUGCUUUCUGCACCCGGUAACCUGUUGGAACAUUCGCAUCUGUGUUGUACAUUUUGGAAGCUUAACGGGGCAGCAUGGAUACCCUUCCUGGCUCUUCUGUGUAUAGUUACCCAUACUCACUGACAUACUCUCUGCAAAGUAUAUGUACAUAAUGCAUUUCAUGUCCAUUUGGAACCUAGUCCCAGUGUGGGAGCCUUUGAGGUUAUUUCUCUGGAUAUAGCCGAUGACUUCCAUUUCAUCCUUCUUCCUUACCUUGGUCUAUCAACCCUGCAUAUAGGAUUCAUGGGGUUUGAGACAUGCGUGGGAUACCUACAGGUAAAAUCCAACCAUUCCCUGUCGUAUUUCCCUCUUCUAUUGUUCUGGUUCAGUCAUCGAUUUUUUUUUUGUCAGUGUGUCAGCAACCAAUCAAGGCUCAGAAGACACUGAAGCCAGGCUAGGGCAGAGGUUGGUUAUCAGAGGGUCCUCCCUUGCCAGAUUCUGAGGUAUAAGUCUCAGUUCCCCUGGCCAUCUAAGAUAAUAGGGUGAAUGGACCAGUCUUUGUAAAGAUGAAGCUUUUCACCCACUAUCAAUAAAUGUGCUCUGAGUGAUUUUUCCAUUGACGGGUGAUGGGCCACACUUGGCCAGCCAUAUAGCCCCCCCCCCUCCCUUGUCCCCAAGAGCACACUGGGAGCUGGAAUAAGGAGUGUGUAGUCUGUGGCUACAGAACAGAGUGUUUCUCUGUGUAAAGCUAAUUAGCCCAUAUAAAUUGAACCUGUGACCGUGGCCUAAUUAGCACCAUACUGUAAUCAAGAUAACUGUUCCAGACAGUGUAAUUAUAGCUCUCUAACCUACACAUAUUCUAUACAUAUUAUGCAUAUUUUAUUCCCCCCCCCAAAAAAAAAGCUGGCUAAGAAUUUAUUUGUUGUAAAUGCUGUAUAGGAUUUUUUUCCCUUUCUUUUUCCUUUCACUGGUUUGGGGUCUCUUUGGACGGCUUUAUUCUGUUUUAGUCAGGGUGGCGCUAAUUCUCUGUAGCCUGAGCUCUCCUCCCUCAUGCUGUCUGUCACAAGGCAUAGGAUGGUGGCAUCAGUGUGGCCUUCCCGGGAACCAGCCUCACUGCCCUCCUGGAUGGCUUUGGCUUCUUUUCCAGAGUCUAGAGUGUCCAGGGCACAAAGGGUUUCAUCUGGGAGUUGGUUUGGAGGCCUUUCCCCUGAGCAGGGCCAUUGCAUCCCGCCAAGCUGCAUUACAUUCUGUACUGUGUACAAUAAAGACGUUUGCUUUCAGUUU